UCCACAAAAUCCACUUGUCCAUCGUCCAUAUCGCUCUCCACACAGUUUCAAACUCUUUAACAAAUCCACUCAAAGAGUCUUUCUUUCUCUCACCAGAAUCAGAAUCAGAAUCAGAAUUAUUCAGAAGAUGGGGAAGGGAGGGAUGUCUCAUGGAGGAGCUGGGGAAGGCAAAGAUGGUGAAGAAGAAGAGAACAUGGCUGCCUGGCUUCUUGGUAUCAACUCCCUCAAGAUUCAGCCUUUCAAACUCCCUCCUCUUGGACCCCAUGAUGUUAGAGUAAGGAUGAAAGCUGUAGGCAUAUGUGGUAGCGAUGUUCACUACCUCAAGACCAUGAGAUGUGCAGAUUUCAUUGUUAAAGAGCCAAUGGUGAUAGGCCACGAGUGUGCCGGAAUCAUAGAGGAAGUUGGGAGUGAGGUGAAGAGCCUUGUGCCCGGUGACCGCGUGGCGCUGGAGCCUGGAAUCAGUUGCUGGCGCUGCAAUCUCUGCAAAGAAGGUCGAUACAAUCUUUGCCCGGAGAUGAAGUUUUUUGCUACUCCACCCGUUCAUGGUUCUCUUGCUGAUCAGGUGGUGCAUCCUGCAGACCUAUGUUUCAAACUGCCAGAUAAUGUGAGCUUAGAGGAAGGGGCAAUGUGUGAGCCUUUAAGCGUUGGUGUCCACGCUUGUCGCCGAGCAAACAUUGGUCCAGAAACGAAUGUUUUGGUCAUGGGAGCAGGACCUAUUGGCCUUGUCACAAUGCUAGCAGCUCGUGCAUUUGGGGCACCCAGAAUUGUCAUAGUUGAUGUGGAUGACCACCGUUUAUCCGUUGCCAAGGAUCUUGGGGCAAAUGAUACUGUCAAAGUGUCAACAAAUGUACAGGAUGUAGCUGAAGAAGUGGUUCAGAUACAUGAGGUCAUGGGGGCUGAAGUGGAUGUUACUUUCGACUGUGCAGGGUUUAACAAAACUAUGUCAACCGCCCUGAGUGCUACUCGUCCUGGCGGCAAGGUGUGCCUUGUGGGAAUGGGUCACAGUGAGAUGACUGUCCCACUCACUCCAGCUGCUGCAAGGGAGGUUGAUGUGAUUGGCAUUUUCCGGUACAAGAAUACAUGGCCACUAUGCCUUGAGUUCUUGAGGAGUGGAAAGAUUGAUGUGAAUCCCCUUAUAACGCAUCGGUUCGGAUUUUCUCAGCGAGAGGUGGAAGAAGCAUUUGAGACUAGUGCUCGUGGUGGUACGGCCAUUAAGGUCAUGUUUAAUCUGUAACCUGAACUAAAAAAAAAAACAAAAAAAUGUGUAAUAAUAGUUAAAGAAACAAUAAACAAAUAUGAUGUUAAGGAUGCAGUUCGGAUUGGGACUCGGUUAUGAUACUAUGAAAGCUUUGUUAGAGAAAUGGCUUUGGACGGGAAUCAAUAAUGAAGAAGUUAUGUCGAUUGCUCCAAGUGGUUCCCGUGGACUGAUCUCAAAUAUCUUAUCUAAGAAUAAAAUCCUUGUUUGAGCUUAAUCAAAUUUAAAUUGGGUUGAGUGUCCAUAUUAAUAUAACUGUAUUUCACCUUCAA